GCUUCAGACACAUAACACUUACUAGCUGUGAGACCCUGGAUAUUCUUCUGCCCAAGAUGCAAAGGACCCAAUGGCAUGCAGGAACAAGUGUGGAAAACAUAAAAUACUCCGUUAGCCCAUUACACUCAGUGUACCUCCUGCAGAAGGUGGAGAAGCUGAAGUUGAGGGAGGACUUUGUUGUUGAAAAUCACCAGGUUGGUGGGUGUGAGAGUGAAGAAUCAAAUCCAACUCUCUUGACUCUGUCCCAGCACUCUUUCUAUGUGGAGGACUUUUGAAGUGAGGAUGUUGCCCAUCACGGAUCAAGUACUGAGGGUGCUGAGGCUUGAGAAGACCUCCUUCCGCACCUAUGUCGUCUCUGCACUGCUCCUAUCCCUGCUUUUCAUCUUCUUCCGCCUCCUCGUGAAGGUCUUCCAGGCAUGCCACCAAUUUCACAUCACCUGCCAACGAUUACGAUGCUUCCCUCAACCUCCCCGGAGGAACUGGCUCUUGGGCCAUUUGGGGAUGUACCUGCCCAAUGAGACGGGCCUCCGAGACGAAAUGCAGGUCCUCAACAAAAUGCACCAUGUUGUCCUUGUCUGGAUAGGGCCCUUCCUGCCCCUGCUGGUCCUGGUGCAUCCUGACUACAUCAAACCCCUCCUAGGAGCUUCAGCGGCCAUUGCUCCAAAGGACAAGCUCUUCUAUGGCUUCCUGACACCCUGGCUGGGAGAUGGGCUGCUGCUGAGCAAAGGAGAAAAAUGGAGCCGGCACCGGCGCAUGCUGACCCCAGCUUUUCACUUUGAUAUCCUUAAGCCCUACAUGAAAAUCUACAACCAAUGCACAGACAUCAUGCACGCCAAGUGGAAUCGUCUGGCUGCUGGGGCCGUGGUCUCCCUGGACAUGUUUGAGCACGUCAGCCUCAUGACCUUGGACAGUUUACAGAAAUGUGUGUUCAGCUAUAACAGUGACUGCCAGGAGAAGAUGAGUGACUACAUCACGGCCAUUAUUGAGCUGAGUGCCCUGGUAGUGAAACGCCAGUACCGUAUCCACCACCAUCUGGACUUCAUCUAUUACCGGACAGCGGAUGGGCGGCGCUUUAAGGAGGCUUGUGACACCGUGCACCACUUCACUACCGAGGUCAUACAGGAGAGGCGACGGGCCCUAAACAAGCAGGGGGCAGAGGCCUGGCUCAGAUCCAAGCAGGGCAAGACCUUGGACUUCAUUGAUGUGCUGUUGCUGGCCAAGGAUGAAGAUGGGAAGCAGCUGUCAGAUGAGGACAUCCGAGCGGAAGCAGAUACCUUCAUGUUUGAGGGACAUGACACCACAUCCAGUGGCCUCUCGUGGGUGUUAUUUAACUUGGCCCGACACCCUGAAUAUCAGGAGAAAUGCCGGGAGGAGAUCCAGGAGAUUAUGAGAGGGAGGGAGACGGAGGAGAUUGAGUGGGAUGAUCUGACCCAGAUGCCCUUCAUCACCAUGUGUAUCAAGGAGAGCCUUCGCCUCUUCCCUCCUGUCACUCUGAUUUCACGCCGCUGCACUGAGGACAUCAAGCUGCCCGAUGGGCGCAUCAUCCCCAAAGGGACUAUCUGCCUGGUCAGCAUCUAUGGGACCCACCACAAUCCUUCUGUGUGGCCUGAUUCCAAGGUAUUCAACCCCUACCGCUUUGACCCUGAGAAUCCCCAGCAGAGGUCACCCCUGGCCUACAUUCCCUUCUCAGCUGGACCCAGAAAUUGCAUUGGUCAGAGUUUUGCCAUGUCUGAGAUGAAGGUGGUCGUGGCGUUGACUUUACUUCGGUUCCGGCUCACAGCAGACAGGACCAAGAAGGUGCGUCGGAAGCCUGAGCUGAUCCUACGGACAGAGAGCGGGAUUUGGCUAAACGUGGAACCAUUGUCCUCCCAGGCUACAACAACUGCUGUGACCCAGCCCCAGCAAUGAGCCCAAUUCAGGGUAGAGACUGGAGGGUGUGGGAAACAAGGGUGGGGAGAUGGCCAGAAGUCCUGAGGCCUGGAGCUGUGAAAACCCCUCCCUUUCCCUGCUAUUCCUCUUUCCUUGUUGAGACCUGGUAACCUGGGGCUGGGUUCACCAUCACCCUUGGUUACCCGACGGUGCCUUCCCUUGCCUCCCUUUUGCUCCUUGGAGCUGAUCUUGAGAGAACGACUUCAGGGGUUGUUAGAAGUGGGAACCAAGGAGGGGGUCACAGCUUCCAACCACUCUCCAUUUUUUGUGGGGGCUGUAUCACCCCCUUCUGGCUGCUGGGUUUGCUCUCUGGGAGCUGAUUGGACUUCCUCAGUUAUAGGAUCAUUUGCUGUUUUCAUUUUUAUUUUAUUUUUUAAGACAAAAGAGAAAAAAAGGAAAGAAAAAAGAAAAUCAAAGGCCCUCAUCUUGAAUGUAGUUUUCCAGAUCUGCCUGUACAUUUCUGAAAUUAUGUGAUUUUGUUUAAUAAAACCAGGAGGAUGUCAGGA